AUGGCAACUUCAGAUGAAGAAUCUCACUGCAAACUGCCUCUCGGAUUGCCUGGUGAAAUCGUAGCAAUGGUUUUGUACACUUUGCUUACCACUGUCGGAUCGUUGGGAAACUUGUUCGUGAUUCUUGUUAUCAACCGGACACCAACUUUGAGGAACGUGUGCGGAAUCUUGAUAACAAAUUUGGCAGUAGCUGAUCUGAUGGUGACAGCAGUAGUAAUGCCUUUAGUAGUUUAUGUCCUAAUUCAGGGGCUUUUGGAUGAGUGCAUAUAUCAAACUCCGGUUUUCGCUGCCUGGAUAAUAGCACUUUUCUCUGCUGGUUCCUCGCUAAAGACGCUAACUACCCUCAGUGUGGAUCGUUGCUUUGCCAUCUGUCGCCCGAUAAAACACAAAACAAUCGUAACUAUAACAAAAGCAAAGUUUGCAAUCGCAAUGACAUGGGUGGGAUCUUUAAUCCUUCCUCUUUUAGAGACAUUCAAUCCUGGAUCAACACCCUCCAAAUUUUUUCAGACCAUUGGAGUGGUUUGCUAUUAUUCUAUCAUGGUCAUGAGCGGUAUUUUUACAAUCAGGCAUGUGCGCGCAAACUCACGACAAAUAGGAUCACUACACCAGGACCAAGGAGUUUCUCGCCUCGCUGCAGAUUUGAACCAGAGGAACAAACAAGUCGCAAAGACGAUCGGUCUCGUUGCGUUCGUCUUCACUCUUUGUUGGAUCCCAAUUGCGUAUCUUAUUGGUAAUGAGAUCAAUAAAGACAGGAAUGACAGACUCUAUUUCUGGUUCGCCUCCGUGGGACUCGCCAACUCAGCAGUAAACCCGUGGAUUUACUUCUAUCGACAGUCAAACUACCGUAAAGCGCUCAAAUCUUUACUCGAUUACAAACGCGUUACAUCUAAGAGUGUUGUGCAAGAGCAAAAUCGCAGUACAACACAGGGGACUAAAGUGAACACGUGA